AUGAGCUCUACAAAUUCUCCAAUUGUCCCAAAGAUACAUCGGUCUCAACAUAUUCAACAAUUUCAACGGCGAGUAUUCGGUAAAUUGUUAAAUGAUAAAGAGUUUAGCAGACAAAAUCGCAUGCAGUUGACCUUAAAUGAAAGAUUGGGGACAUGUACUAUUUACAAGUAUUGCCGGAGGGUACAAAAGUGGAAUUGUGAUACCAGGAAAUCGGGAAAUAUGACUGUUAGCACUCUUGGUAAAUCGAAGGGGCUAACGCCGAAACAUAGACUGACUUUCUGGAGAUUGGGCGUUAAUUACAGCAUAAUGACAGAUUCAAUACAUACGAUUAUGUUAUUGUUUGCUGUUAUAAUGACUGUUUUGAUAUCGGAAAGCACUGUUCUAGCAUCGCAACGGGACUCAGUUAAACAAAAGAAUUCCAACAACCUAAGUAGUAAUAUACCUACGGGAAGCGGAGUUGAUACCAAUGGAAACUUUGAUAGCAUUAGCGAUGGCAAUAMCAUUAGGUCUAGAAACAAUGCAAGCAACGGAAACCCUGAUAUCAWUGUUUCAUUAGCAGCGGCUGAUAUACGUAAUAAGGCCAAUUAUGUCACAUUGUCACCGAUCGUCACUUCAAGUACCGCUUUCGUAACUGUAGGAGUAUUUAGUACAGCGAACAAUUCGGUAUAUUAUGGAGGUGUGCAGAAGAACAGUACCGCACAUUAUUCGGGGACAUCCAYCGUCAAUCGUAAUGUGAUUGAAGUAACAGAAGAUAAUCGCAAUGGUCCAUACUUUGACAAAGCUGCAUCGAAAAAUAUAACAGCACUCCUCGGAAAAACGGCAUAUUUAAAUUGUCGUGUGAAAAAUCUAGGAAAUAAAACGAUGCUCUUGCAAGUUUCUUGGGUGCGGCAUCGAGACAUCCAUCUGUUAACUGUUGGACGGUAUACAUAUACAUCCGAUCAGCGCUUUCGUGCUAUUCAUCAGCCACAAACUGAAGACUGGAUUUUGCAAAUUAAGUAUCCCCAACAUCGAGAUUCUGGUAUAUAUGAGUGCCAAGUUUCAACCACGCCACAUAUGAGCCAUUAUAUUCACUUGAAUGUUGUCGAACCUUCUACCGAAAUCAUUGGCGCGCCGGAUCUUUAUAUAGAGAGCGGUUCAACAAUAAAUUUAACUUGUGUAAUAUUAAAUUCUCCCGAACCUCCUGCGUACAUAUUUUGGAAUCAUAAUAACGCUAUUAUCAACUACGACUCUCCUCGCGGUGGUGUCUCGGUAGUAACAAAUAAAGGUGAAACUACUACUUCUUUUCUUCUUAUAAAAUCUGCUCGGCCUUCAGAUUCCGGACACUAUCAGUGCAACCCAUCAAAUGCAAAACCUAAAAGUGUAACGGUUCAUGUACUGAAUGGUGUUUCUCAUUCCGUUUCCAGGGGAGUUCCCAGCAGCAAUGCAGCGCGCGGGACCAGUAUAUCUUCGAAUGUCCCAAAGUCGAUAUCUCCUAGUGUACCUGUCAAUGUACUUAUGCACCUUAGCAUAUAUAAAGUGGUAUAUGCAAACAUUGGCAGCAGUUGGGAUCAAGAUAGCAGGAAUUUGAAGCAUCUUGUUGCGUGGGUUUUAAAUGUAUUCGUGUUGCUGGCAACCGAUGUGCUUGGAAAGCAAGUUAAACGAAGAAAGUCUGGAAUGAUUAAUACCUGCGGCUGCUACUUCAAUGAUAUACAACUUAAACAAAAUAUACGCCUCCAAAAGUCGAAAUCAGAUAACAAUAGCCAUAACGGAGAGGUCAACUUACGAAAUUUAUUUUAUAAUACUACUAUUUUUAAGUCGAUGAAACACUUUAACGAUGUACAUACUUGUAUACUGUUUAACAGACCAAUAUUUGAACCAGACAUCAGGUGAGUGCGUUUCGAUUUAAUGCCUUUUACUGGUCCUACCCAUGUUACCGAGAAAGAGGGCAAAGUAAGCUCAAACAAUCCGAACUAAACUUGACUAAAGUGAGUUUUAUAAUGAUAAUAAUAUCUAUCGCAUUUUUUUGUAUUAUGUGUAUUGUAUAUUUUGGGUAGUUACUUCCCUUGGGUUUCCAACUAAAAGCGAAACCGUUUUUUUGUAAUCGAAUAAAAGUAUUAGGUAAAUUUGGGUAUUUGUAAAGUUACUUAUAAGACAUAUUGUAAAUAAAAAUAAUAUAAAACACUAAAUAAUAAUGAACCAAAAAUUGAAAAAAAAGAACAAAAAAGCAAAAAAAAGGGGAAAGAUAUUGUUUCAAGAUAGAUUAUGAAAGAAUAAAAUUCUAAAUUGCUAAAAACUAUGAACUAAUAAAGUUAGAGAAAAUUAUUAACUAAAAAGUAACGAUAAUUAUUGUAUGCUAAGUAAGCAUAUACAUACAACUAUCCUUAAGAGAGGACUUAAAUUUGCUUGGUACAACCAAUAUAUAUUUGCGUAAAUAACACAUUAAUUUGUUUUAAUAUGCUUGUUUUUGUUCUUUAAUUUUCACAUAUUAUUACCGAUUAAUAAAUUCAUUUGUCCGAUUUUAUAAUCAGAAGUUGCUUAUUUUUUCUAUUAUACAGUUCAUAACUCUCUGGAAUAGGUAAAAUUACACAUAUGCUCUCUAUUUGUUUAAGCAUGUUAAAUAGUUAUAUAAUAGCUUAGAAGUGUAUGAGAUGUAACAAAAUUUACCAAGACAGUAAAUUAAAUUGUUAGACGGAAUAAAACCGAUUGCUUCACCGAUACAGCAACAGAUCAUACAAAAGAAUAUAGUACGUAUUCUCAUUCCAAAUGUACCUAACUCGCAACGUAAUUAUCAAUAUGKACAGUAUUUUUAUUUUCUUAAAUUAUAAAUUUGACAUUAUUCAUCAUUAA